AUGUUCCUUGUUUCAGACGGCGCCCCGAAGAUCCGGCACAACCAUAAGCUCGACAUUCAGUACUUCCGGUUUUCGGAAAAGAUCACACGCAACAAAGUGGAACGCGCCUUCCUGUGGGUGUACGUGAAGGGGCUGAACUGGACGACGGAGAAGGAAGGGCGAGCGUCUGCGGGCGCGGAGGAGGGCGGCGGGUUUGGCGCGGGGCCCCACCUGCCCCUCAACAUCACUCUGUGGCACGUGGACGCGUCGGCGGGUGCGCUGUCCGGAGCGCACGACCUUCAGAAGGUACAAGUGAUCUCCGACAACAAGAAGCACCACCGGCACACCGGGCGCGGCGAGUGGCUGCGCCUGGACGUGCACAAGCUGCUGGCGGAGUGGUUCCGCCGGCCCACGGACAGCCUGGGUCUGCUGGUGCAGGUCACGGACGAGUCAGGCCACCAAUUGGUCGUCACCGACCCCAACGAGGAUGACGGCAUGCUGGUUCCAUACAUUGAGGUGACCACCACGGACAAGCGUAAGCAUCGCACUAAGCGCACCAUCGGUCUGAAUUGCGACGAAUCGUCGGACGAGACGCGCUGCUGCCGCUAUCCUCUCACUGUCGACUUCGAAGAAUUCGGCUGGGACUGGAUCAUCGCUCCCAAAAAAUACGAGGCCAACUACUGUUCGGGAGAAUGCCCUUACGUAUUCCUUCAGAAGUACCCUCACACGCACAUCGUGCACCUGGCCCACCCCACGGGCACUGUGGGGCCAUGCUGUGCGCCGCGCAAAAUGUCGGCCAUCUCCAUGCUCUACUUCGACAACGAAUUCAACAUCAUCUACGGCUUACUCCCCGGCAUGGUUGUCGAUAGAUGCGGUUGUUCGUAAACUCUCAAAGAAGUUUUCAAUUGAUGACUCGAUCCACGUGUCAAAAAUGCAAUGCAACAAAUCACGCGAUGUAAAAAUCGAAAAAAUAUGAGACUGAUUCAGUCGUCAUUUGAGUUCAAGUCCAACUGUGCAAAACGUCUCCAUCUUUAUUUGAAAUAUCAUUUGCAAUAUGGUGUUUGGUGGAAUUCGUGCUCUGACACGAUUACCUCUCCUCCUCGUACUAAUCUUCUUCGACUCCGAAGAGUGCGAAGAGACCGUUUCGCUCGUUUGGACUUGAAUCAAGUGCAAUCGAUAGCACACCUAUCACUUGCUUCCGACCAGCCAAUCCAUCUUCAUUAGCACUUUUCCAUCACGGUUGGCAGAGAGUAAGGUGUGUUUUAAGUGAACUAACUGAAACACUUCUCUAUUUAAGAAUUUUAGUAAGAGUUUAAACGACUGCUGAAAAACUCUAGCGCACGUGAAUAGGAGGGACUCGCAGUGGAAGUAUGUUGAAUCCCACAAGCGAGUUAUGAGCCACCUUGUCUGAAGACUGAGCCGGAGACCGUCGUUCGCCGUGAAGUGAAGUUCCUUGCUCAGAUUUCCACUCUUCGCUGAUAAAGAUUUUCCUCCUAUGUUGAAAAAAUCUCAAAAAUUUAUGAGA